GCUCUGAUCUCGAGCAGCUAUUGGCUCCUGUCUGUGUCUACGUCACAAUCAUGAUUAGAAUUGAUGAUCGGACGUUUUGAUUUCAUUGUCUGGCGAAGGGAGUCGGGAAGAAAUCUGCUGAAUUCGAGCGUUCGUUUGAUUUGUCAACAGAAAAGAGCUUCUCCAGAGGGACAAGUAGGCUAGUUAGCUUUUGAAGGCCGCCAGUCGUGGAGUGCCCUGCAGCCUGCAAAACUCCACGAGACCCUCCAGGAUGUAACGUUAGCAGUGUUUUCAAGCUGGGCCAGAAAUCGCAUAGCCCAAAGAACACUUGAGGGAAGGCUGUUGGUUUGCGCGAUGGUGGACAAAUCAUCAUUCGCCUGACCAGUCGCCCUCACUAGCUGUCCGUUUCUACAACAACCGAAGUGACCGAACUGAAACUUUGGCAUUGAAAACCUGGGUUUUCUGUUGAUUAGCCUACCUGACGCACCCGACUCCUCCUCCUCCAGAAAUAUGGAGGCAUGGCAGGAAAAGCGGACCCUGUGCUGUCCCAACCACUUUUCACCUCCACAGAUGAAUCUACGCUCUGUAUUUUCUGCUGAGCAGCAGCAAAUCCUGGAGCGUUACUAUGAAAACGGGAUGACCAAUCAGAGCAAAAGCUGUUUCCAGAUGAUCCUGCAGUGCGCUCAAGAGACCAAGCUUGAUUUCAGUGUGGUCAGGACAUGGGUGGGAAACAAGAGGCGGAAACUGGCGUCUAAGGUGGAGCAGCAGAACGUGGUGGUGGCACACGGUCCUCCCGGGCACAGUGCGGUAGGAGCAGGUGGUGGGGCGCUGGUGUUGACCCCUGAAAUGGUGGCUUCGCGGAACGUCCAGCGGAGCGCGCCGGUUGCACACCUCCACCCGCCAGCCUCCGCGUCCUCCACGUCCCCCGCCCCCUCCUCCUGCUCCCCCCACAGUAGCGGGGGCGGGCACAGCAGCAGCAGCAGCGGCGGCAACAGCAACAAUAACAACAACGACGUGAUUGUCACAGGCAUCUACUCCCUGAGCCGCCCCUCCACCCGCCCCGAACCGCCCUCGUCGCACUCCAGGGCUACCGCCAAGGCCCCGCCCCCGCUGCGUACGGAGGCGGAGCGACCCAUACAGAUCCACGUUCGCCCCACCUUGAGCACGGACAGCCCGCCCCUCCACACCAAGGGGGCUCCUCUCCCGCGCAAGGCCCCCCACCACGGCAGCAGCUCAGGCCCCACCCCCGCCCUGUACAGCCAAAUCAGGAAGCUCUUCUCCCCGGGGGAGCCGGCGGACGUGCCCCGGUCUUGGGCGCGGCAGUACGGGCCGCUGCAGUCAAAGUCCUGGCCUCACCCCUCCUCACAGUCCCAGUCGCAACCCCACCCCGCUCCAGCGGGCGCCGGCGCCCACAACGGUCCUCAGCCGGAGGAGGCGGAGCCCGGCGUCUGGAUCCAACAGGUCUUCACCAUGGCCGCCCUCGGGGGCGGGUCACGCAGAUCCCCGUCCGCGGGGGGCAGCCAGACACGGCCUGCCAAGCCGCGCUCUCCCGACGGCACCGGCUGCUUUUCCAUUGCCAUGGAGACGGGGGAUGCUGACGACGAGUACGCCAGGGAGGAGGAGCUGGCUAACAUGGGGGCGCAGAUCCGGCUGUGCCCAGGAGGGGGCAGUAGCAGCAGCAGCAGUGGCAGCAGCAGUGGCGGAGCGGGGGACAUCAGCGGGGCUACAGGGACGAGCCAGGGGGGCCCGCGGUGGGACAGCCCCGCUACGGGACGAAACCCGACUGGGGCAAACCCCCCAAACUCUGAUCACUUUGGGGGAAAAGGGUACCAGACGCCCCCCUCGUCUUCCCUCGGCCCCCACAGACAAAGUCCCUACUACACUAGCAUGGCUCCGCGUGGAAGCUACCCGCUUAGGAUGCCCUUCCAGGGUUCUGGGCAGACUGUGCCCAGCCUGCAGGCCUCAGGCUCACUCAGCGCCCCCUGGAUCGUCAGCAACUCCCGCAAAAGGACAGUGUCUGAAGUGCAUUGUGGGAUGUCAUCGACCAGUAGUGCAUGUUGCCCUGUGCAGCUACAGGACAGGACACAGUUCAGUGAAAGGGACCUGCACACGCUGAAGAGGUACUGGGACAAUGGCAUGACCAGCCUGGGAUCCGUCUGUCGGGAAAAGAUCACUGCUGCAUCCACAGAGCUGAGCGUGGACAGCGAGAUCGUCAAGACCUGGAUUGGUAAUCGCCGCAGGAAGUACCGCCUGAUGGGCAUUGAGACCCCGCCCCCGAAGGGAGGUCCUGCCGUGUUCACCAACCACUCGGAGUCAGAAUCGCCGUGCCGCUGGACUCCGGACGUAGACGACGUCACCACCCCUGAGCCGGGGGAGGACGGCGAGAGGACGGACGAGGUGUCCAUCUGUCUGUCCGAGGAUGGUGGCAGUGACACCUACCAGAGAGAAGACAGUGGUGAUGGGGAUGGUGAGACCACUGGCGGUACCCUGGCUGACAAUGUGAAAAUUGAAAUAAUUGAUGAUGAGGAGGAGGAAGAUGGUGACGUGAUUGGCUCAGACAUGGAACACCUGCAGAAUCUCGUGGAGUUUAAGCAUGAAGAGGUGCGCUUCCUUGAGAGUGAGCUAGAGAACCAAAAACAGAAGUACACUGAGCUGCAGAACUUUACUCGGAACUUACUAAAUGCCAUGAAGAAUGACGACAAGGAGAAACAGCAGGAGCUGUUGGCGAGCCUACCUCAAGACGUUGAAGAGGACUGUGAGAUGAGUCCGGAGAUGGGGGAGGAAGCUGGUGUCUCAUCGAUCUGCAUCCAGAGCUGUUCCCCAGGGCCAGAGGAGAUGGGGGAACAGGCGCCCCUGUGACAGUGGCCCUCACCUCUACACACCUUCCCCUCUCACUACAACCACCACACACUCCAUACGGUGCCUGCUGACACACUCACACCUAACUGUACUGGGCUCGGAAUGCCUUUUUUUUCUACUGCAUAUCAGAUCGCCUUGUUCAACAUUUCCGGUCCAACUACAAUAAAUGCCACUAACUUGA